CCCAAAGAAAAGGAGAAACGUCAGAACAAAAGGAAACCUUGAGAAGACCACAUGAGUAUUAGCAGCUGAAGUUAGCUAGCUCAACUGCCUGUCAAUAGGUGCCAUAUGGUCUCGCUGUAAUGCUACCGUUGAUUAGUGUGUGGUCUCUUCAAAGGUGGAUUAACCAACGUCUGUUGCUAGAGGAGGAGAAACUCAGGGUUAGUUGAAGAAAACCUGCCAGCGAGCAGGUACAGUUGUGAAUGAGAGCAAGAGGUCAUUCAGAGCAGAAAGACCCGCCCACCAAUGGCCAACCCCACCCAUCCACCGGGUUUGCAGUGUUACUAGAACGAGGGUAAAAUCAUUUUACAUGCCAUGGAGGAAGCUCAGCCUAAACCACCUACACCCGUGCCCAGCCCGGCACACAGCCGAGUACCCAGCCCCAUCUCGGACAUACCCGCUGCUCCUGCAGCCAAUCAUACAGAGCAACAUCUGAGUGUGAACCAGAUCCAGGUGGUGGUCCGGCGUUGUUCCAGCCCUAACGUCACAGAGGAGACCACCUAUUUCAUCCCUCACAACCCUGUGGUGGACGCCAGCACCAACACCGACCCGCCUGUGGUCUGCUGCCCCCUGCUGUGCAGGAUAUGCCCCUGCCCGCCCAGAGGCCUGUGGGCCUCACUUGUGACUAAAGUGCUGUUGGCUGCAGUACUCUUUGCAGCGGUGUGGUCUAUCACAGAGAAGGAGUGUCUCCCAGGGGGGAACCUGUUCGGCAUCACUGUGCUUUUUAUCUGUGCAGUCACCGGGGGAAAACUAGUGGCCCUCGUACGCCUGCCCAAACUGCCACCCUUUCCCCCACUCCUUGGCAUGCUGUUGAUGGGCUUCCUGUUGCGUAACAUCCCUGUGGUGAAUGAUGCAGUUUACAUUGACUUCAGGUGGUCUGCUUCCCUGAGAAACAUAGCCCUUGCUGUCAUCCUGAGCAGAGCAGGCCUGGGAUUGGAUGGCUCAGCAUUGAGGAAGCUGAAAGCAGUUUGCAUGCGGUUGGGAGUGGGACCCUGUGUGAUUGAGGCCUGCACUGUUGCUGUGGUCUCUCACUUUCUCAUGGGCCUACCGUGGGUUUGGGGCUUCAUCCUUGGCUUCGUUCUGGGGGCAGUGUCCCCUGCUGUUAUUGUCCCCUCUAUGUUGAUUCUGCAGAAGGACGGCUACGGCGUUGAGCAGGGCAUCCCCACCCUGCUGAUGGCUGCUGGCAGCUUUGAUGAUAUCCUAGCCAUAACCGGCUUCACCACCUGCCUGGGUGUAGCCUUUGCCACAGGCUCCACGUGGUACAACGCGGGGAGAGGGGCACUAGAGGUGGCAGGAGGUCUGCUGGUCGGAGGUCUGCUUGGGGGUCUGAUCCGCUAUUUCCCCAGCCCAGACCAGAAACACAUCGUGAUGAAGCGGUCGUUCCUGGUGCUAGGCCUGGCUGUGUUUGCUGUGUUUGGCAGCAAUGUAGCAGGCCUCCCUGGCUCUGGAGGCCUGUGUACUCUGGUGCUCUCAUUCCUGGCCGGUCUGGGCUGGAGCAAGGCCAAGGUCCCUGUGGAGGAAGUAGUGGGCAGGGCCUGGGAUGUGUUCCAGCCAUUGCUCUUUGGUCUAAUAGGGGCAGAGAUAAGACUCAGCAAGCUGGAUGGUCACACUGUUGGCCUGGGCAUAGCCUCUCUGGCUAUUGCUCUUCUGGUACGCGUGCUCUUCACUUUCGUCUGCGUUCUGUGUUCCGGCUUCAGUUUCAAGGAGAAGCUUUUCAUCUCCCUGGCCUGGCUCCCCAAAGCCACCGUACAGGCAGCAAUUGGCUCCACUGCUCUGGACAUGGCUCGUACCAAGGAUGACCAGCUGCUGCAGAAAUACGGCAUGGAUGUGCUGACCGUGGCGGUGCUCUCCAUUCUCCUCACUGCACCCAUAGGGGCCCUGAUCAUCGGCCUCAGUGGGCCACUGCUGCUCCAGAAACCAAGGAAUCCUUCCUGGGGCAAGGUUGGGGAGUGCCACGGCGACACGGAGAGCCCUAUCACCUAUGAGAGUACCCUCUGACCUCCAGCUGGGCUAGCCCCUGACCCCCUGGCAUGCCUGGGUAGUACCUUGUUUCUACCAAGACUUCCUGUAUACCGAAUACAUGAACCAAUCAUGGAAGCCGAGCUCCGGGUGCCUCCUCCUUCCCCCUCAGUUAGCGGGGGCUUCUCCUCUGAAACAUCCGUGACUGUCCUUGGUUCCUUUUUCAAAAUAUUUUCAGUCAGUCCUGGCUGAUAGCCUGAACAAAUGAAUCAUGUCUUUAUUCAUAGCCUCCGCAUAGUUUUAUUCAUGCACACAACAAAGCCGAUACUUGACAUCCAAGCAUUGAGCAUGAGUGCAGUACUCAGGAUACAAGCAUAUUGCACGUGCAGUAUAAUGGACAAUAUUGUUUCAGAGUAUAUUUACAUUGUUUUGAAAAAAACAUGUAAGCAUAUGUUUUGAGAUAUGAGGUGUCUAUCCCGGGUUUACCAAACCUUUUUAUACCUCUAUGUUCUUGUGUAAAACCUUUCAAUACUUGAAAUGGCCACAACUGUAACUCGCUGUACAGUUCUAAAUUGUACACCUCAUGAAUGCUGUCAAGUAUGCUUAGUCCUAAGGAUUUAAGCACAAAAUGUUAAAACAUCUGAUGUUUUCUGUUGUGUGUGUAUUUAUUAGUGUGUUGUAUUAGCUGUAAAAGAUAAUAUGAAGACAAGAUGAUAAAUAGGGGAUGGUUUUAGUUGGUUGGAGACAUCCUGAUUUAUAUAUAUUUUUUAAAGCCAUGCUCAUGUAGAUUAAAGAUUGUCAUUCGAUAGUGAAAAUUGGACAUUUAGAAUACUGUUAAAUUUAAUCCAAAAUUUAAAUAAAGGUCAAUAGUGUAAAACCAACCAUGAAGAUAUAUUUUAGUUUACAUUUUAGUGUUUUUAUGGCCAUGUUAUUUUGAUAACUUAAAGAAUGUAUUGUGAAUUUAGAGAUGUUUUAUAUAUUACCUCUUAUUAAAGGGUCCUUCUGUAUCUCCAGCAGUAAGAUGAGAUAUAUAAUUGUUUUCAAAUUUAAAAUUUGCAAUAAAUAGCAAUAAAUCAAUCAUAAAUGUACUGGUGUGU